GUGUUAAUGAAUUGCUGGACAUGGUCUGCUCUAUUUCAUGCACGGGAUCUACCUUUUAAUGAAAUAAUGGACUAUAUCAGUGCUUUUGCAGCUAUUUUAUUUGGUUUCUUCGCUAUUGGUUACAGAGUGUUGUUAAAUAGCCCAUCUCGUAUUUUGUUCUCUAUCUGCUGUCUGUUGUAUUUUCUGAAUCACACAUUGUAUCGAACAUUGGAUGAAAAUUUUGACUAUGCUUACAAUAUGAAAGCUAAUAUUGUUCUCUCUAUCAUGACGAGUAUUAUUAUCUUCGCUUGGACUAUUAGAGAAUGGAAAAAUCUGUAUCAUGUUAGAUAUGCACUUUAUUAUAUGAUCAAUUUUAUGAUCGCUGCAAUUCCAGAAAUUUUAGAUUUCCCACCAAUUCUGUGGCUGGUGGAUGCUCAUGCUCUGUGGCAUAUCUUAUCAAUACCUGUCACCUACUUUCUAUUUAUGUAUGGUGUUGAGGACUGUAGAUAUUUGCACAGAUCGAAACUGCAUCUCUGAUUUUUUAAACUUACGGGCCUUGUCAUUGCCUGUCUAGCUAAAGCUCAAUAUCUGAUCAACAUGCUCCGAUAAAAGACUUGCCCGGAAAAAGGGCGUACAAGAAAUAAGCCCCAUCUCAGUAUCAGCCCUUUUUUAAGGAUAAUCCUAGUUGUUUUUUCACCUCUUUUUGAUAUAUUUUGUAUGAAAAUGUAUUUUUGGUGCUUACUUUAGUGCUCUUUUAUAGUUUUUUGUACCCACUCAGCCUUCCAAUUAGUCACGGUUUUUUUGUCUGAGGCAUCACUUUAUCAUUGUUAAUAUUUUUUACUUGUGUUUUUAAAUUUUAGAAUUUACCACAUAAUUGCUAAUGUAAUUAGAAACACAAUCAAUUCUUAAGCAUGAAGUAUACUUUUUGUUCACCUUUC